AUGUUGCGGAUCUGUCUCCGGCCGCUUACUCUCGAACGCCUUCACGGGCGAUUGUCGUCAUCGUCAGUGUCAGUCAGCGGGAAGCGGACCGAUCAGGCAAUGGUUAUGGAGUUGGUCUUCUCGCGGCUUCUAUCUCUUCUUGUUUACCACCCUAAUUAUUCAUCCGAGGACUUGGAUGAGUCGACCAAGCUCGGCGACCUGAGCGACUUCUCGCGAUACCUCUUCUAUCUCUCCGCAGUGUCUAAUGAACGUAACCUAUCCCUGAUUGUCCACGUCGCCCAGUGCGUCAAGCAAGUUCGCAACGGCAUCACUAAAUCCGACGAGAUUUCCACUCGCCUCCACACGCUGUCCGACCUGGCGCAGGCCACCAUCCGCCGUUUUGCCGAUAUCUACUCGCAGCAACACAAGUUUGGCAGCGCUUCAGGGGCAACCAACAUCCUGCAGAUGUACCUGGGGAAGAUAGGUGUCCCCAGCUCUCUGUUUGCCUCCAUGAGCGGCCACCAAGAGGCGCAAGACGUCGCCGACAAGAACUUCCUCCCCGACGAGAUGGACGACCUGCUGGAUCGCGUGGUGUGCGCUGCAAUGAAGCCCAAGAGCUCCUCGUCUCAUGGCGGGCCCGGCGGCCCAGCCGAAAAGCGGAAACCCAAGUCUUUGGAUGCCAACGGCAACGCGUCCGCAACCAAGAAGGCUCGCCGAGAUAAGGACAAGUCCGUUCGGCCCGCGCAAGUCCUUGUCGGUCGACGCGAGGACGAGUGGUCUUCUGAUGGCGGCGCCACGGACGAUCUCCCCCCUGCUUGCCGGCGCAGCGGCAGAGGCGUUGGCAAGAAGAAGGUCAGCUAUGCCGAUAACGACAGCGAUGAGGAUGAUAUAGAAAUGCAGAAGUGGAACCAGCCCGAACCAGCAAAUGACCAUGACGAUGCGGAAGAGGAAACAGAAGAUGAAGAGAUGCCGGACGACGAGGGUGACAGGAAGGCCGACGGCCAGAAGACCGCGGACGGGGACGAGCCAGAGAAGGCCAACGAGAAGGAAGACGAGCUUCCUACUCCCUCGAAGCAAGGCGCCCGCGUGGAGACCAAGGCCAACCGCGCCAAGCAGCCGACGACGACCACCUUGCCGACGCGGCGAUCUUCGCGGCGAGGAUGA